AUGGAAAUUCCGCUCCAGAUUUGUCAAAAAAACGAGAUAACUGUAGAUACCACCGAUGCUUUCAGUACUUCACAAAGAUUUGUCACACGGGAAGAGGUUAUCCGAUGGGUUAAAGAGACUGGAAUCAACAAUAAAGUGACCGUUAUCAUCACCCGCUCGGACGCUGAAACAGACAAAAGAGGAAGAAGCAACAAAGUGAUAUUUGGGUGCGAUAAAUGGGGGAAAUAUAAGGGUAAAAGUGAGACUCAAAGUGCUACUAAGAGACGUGGAUGUCCAUUCAAAAUUAGGUCGACACCGACAAAAGAUGGGUCUGGAUGGAAGGUUGAUGUAAAAUGUGGAGUUCAUAAUCAUGGUUUACAAGAUAGAUUGGAAGGUCAUUCUUUUGUUGAUAGGUUGGCAACAGAUGAGAAGCAGCAUGUUGCUGAUUUGACAAAGAGACGUGUUCCGCCUAGACACAUAUUGAUUUCCUUGCAAGAGCGAGAUCCUGAAAAUGUCACUCGGAUCACCCAAAUAUACAAGCAUAAGAGUGUGAUAGAAGCAUAG